AUGAAAUUAACUACAUUGUUUUUAUUAUGGGCAAUAUCGUGCGCAUUUUGUGUAAAUCCGAAUGUAUACAACAUGUUAGUGUCGUUUGUGACUAUGGACGAUCGAUCCACAUCCGUAUUGCUUUUCCAUUUAUGUUGGACUUCGCAUGAAAUAAAAUCUCUAGUCAAGAGCUUGUUUGAAGUAAAUAUCAAUAUAGCACAUUCCGUACAGAAAAAUAAGACCGGACAUUUCCUUCAACAUAUUCUCCUCGUUGCCGAUUUGUCCUGCGCAGGGAUCGAAACGCAUUUGAUUCAGGCCAACACGGAAGGAUACGUUAAGGCACCAUAUCGCUGGCUUCUGCUUUGUACACAGGAGCAGGAUAUAUUGCCUCCAUUGGAUGCUUUGGUGGACAGUGACGUAGUAAUAGCCAGUACGGCUGAUGACAUGGAGUACAUGUUUAUUGAAGCUUACAAAAUAUCAAAACAAUCCGAAUUCAUUUACAAUACCAGAGCAACGUGGCGCUCAAAAAAUAUAGAUAAAGUUCUCGAAAGUUCCAAUGAAAACUUUUUAAUAACCUUCAAAGAUAAACAUUCUAACACAAUUUCUAAUAAAACGAAGAAUAGAACGAUAAGCAAGUAUGGAACAGUAAUAGAUUAUAGAGAAAGUAAAGUAUUGUCUUCAAGACGAAUGAAUUUGAGAAGACAUGCUUUGACUAUGGUAAAUGUUAUUAAUGAUAGCAAUGAAACUAAGAAACAUUUGGAUGACAGAUUGCAACUCCACUGGGAUUCAAUAACGAAGAUGUCGUAUAUGGUGGCAAAGUUAUGCUUGGAUGCGUUGAACAGCACAGAGAACCUCGUAUUUACCAACACGUGGGGAUACAGGGACAAGAACGGAAACUGGCAAGGAGUUAUUGAUUUUUUGAUUAAGAAAAAGGCUGAUAUUGGAACUGGAAUGCUGUUCAUAGCGGAACGUCUUGAUGUAGUUGAUUACAUAGCUCCGGCGGGCAGUACCGCUCUUCGAUUUGUGUUUAGGGAACCACCUCUGGCCUAUAUAACUAACAUCUUCACUUUACCUUUUUCUGGGACUGUUUGGCUAGCGAUCUUCAUAUGCAUACUUGCAUGUGCUCUGUUUUUGUAUAUUGCUUCUAAGUGGGAAGCUUCUAUGGGCAUGCACCCUCUCCAGCUAGACGGUACGUGGGCUGACGUGCUGAUUCUCAUAAUAGGCGCCAUUUUGCAACAGGGAUGUACGCUGGAACCACGUUAUGCUGCAGGUCGUUGCGCUACACUACUACUCUUCAUAGCACUAACGAUUUUGUACGCGGCGUACUCAGCAAAUAUUGUGGUCCUCCUGCGAGCCCCCAGCUCCUCUAUAAAGACCGUGCAGGAUCUGCUUGAUUCACCCCUUAAGCUCGGAGCCAGUGAUUUUCCGUACAAUCGAUAUUUUUUUAUGAAAUGGAACGAUCCCAUCAGGAAGGCUAUCUAUGACAAGAAGAUUGCUCCUAAAGGGCAAAAGCCGAAUUAUUUAAGUAUGGAGGAAGGCAUUGAACGUAUAAGACAAGGCUUAUUCGCAUUUCACAUGGAAGUGUACCCUGGGUACAGGAUAAUUCAAGAGACAUACCAGGAGAAUGAGAAGUGUGAUCUGGUUGAAAUCGACUACUUAAACGAGCAGCCUAAUCCAUGGUUACCUGGACAAAAAGGAUCGCCGUUUAAGGAACUGUUUAAAAUCAACUUCCAAAAAAUCCGCGAAAUGGGUCUUGAAACCUGCAUCAGACACCGUCUGUACGUCCCUCGCCCACGAUGCUCAGGUACGGUGUCUACGUUCAGCUCCGUUGGCAUCACCGACAUGUACCCUGCAAUGCUGGCUACGUUGUAUGGGAUGCUGAUGGCUCCGGCGGUUUUGAUGCUCGAGAUCGCAUAUAAAAAAUUAACGACUUUAAGAAAAAAUGAAAAUCUUCGCAUGGAACAUCGACAAUCAGUUUUAGUUAGUUUCGAAGAUUAGUAAUUUCACGAUUGGAUACUCACUUAGCGUUAAUUGUACUUGAUGGUACUGUUUUGAUUGCAAAAUAGAGAAAGUAUGAGCC